AUUUUCGCCUAAAAAUCAAUUUAUUACAAUAAUCCUUUGUUUAUCAUCCAACUCGAUUAGGCAACCCAUUUUAACUAUAAAUGCAAUUACUACUAAGACCAAUCGAACUCUUUUGGGAACAAUGCAAAGCCUUGAAACUGUGAUACAAAGUUCAAAUACAUACAACAGGUGAUAAGUUCAGAAAACUUCAAACGUUUCAAACUUCGGUUUUAUCGCCCUGUUUUUAUCUAAUCAGCACACUGAGCCUAUUUAUUCGUCUCAUUGGGUCGUCUAGUGCCUAAGUUUUAGCACAGUGCCAUAGAAAUAAGAGCAAAAUGAGUUGCUAUUUAAAAGUGCCUGUAGCCUGCUUCAAAAAUACCUUGAAUGGUGCCUUUUCCAACAAGGAACCAUGGCAGAUAGCAACAAUUACUGCCAGCACUGUACUCCUCUCAGUGUGGCUCUAUCAGUUCCUAUUUGAAGAUGAAGAAUACAUCACAGUGAGGGCAAAGAAGACCUUCUUUAAGUACAUGAAGAAGAUACCAAGUAUUAAGAAGAAAAUGCAAGAUGAGCUGAAUUCUGCAAAUAAAGGCUUUCAAAAUGAUAUGGCUAAGAGGUUUGCAAGCAGUAAACACAUCACAAGGCUAUCAAAGACUAACAUGGAGACUGAUGAGAUUUAUAAGUUAGCUGACAUAAAUUUGAAGCUGGGAACUUACUCCUGGAGCAAGGGAAGAGUCUCUGGUUCAGUGUAUUUUAAUGAUGAUAAUCUGAGAAACUUAGUGAAAGAAAUGUAUGCCAAGGCUUCCUAUACCAAUCCUUUGCAUUCUGAUGUUUUUCCUGGCAUCUGCAAGAUGGAGACUGAAGUUGUCAAGAUGUGUGCUAGAUUAUUUCAUGGUGAUGAUGAUACUUGUGGCACAAUGACAACUGGUGGCACCGAGUCCAUUUUGAUGGCGUGCAAGGCUUAUAGAGACUAUGCUAGCGAAGUUAAGGGUAUCAAGAGGCCCGAAAUGGUUCUUCCGGUCACCGCGCACGCUGCCUUCGACAAAGCGGCACAAUACUUCAAAAUCCGCCUACGAGUCAUCCCCGUUCAUACCGAUACUUAUCAAGUUGAUCUGAAGGCUUUCAAACGCGCAAUCAACGGAAAUACUAUCAUGUUAGUAGGUUCAGCACCAAACUUCCCAUACGGAACAAUGGACGACAUCGGUGCCAUUUCGGACCUCGGUGUCAAGUUCAACAUUCCCGUUCACGUCGACUCUUGUCUCGGCGGCUUCCUCACUGCCUUCAUGGAAGACGCAGGUUACCCGGCUCCACACUGCGAUUUCCGCCUUCCUGGAGUAACCAGCAUCUCUGCUGACACGCACAAAUAUGGCUACGCGCCCAAGGGUACCUCGAUUGUACUUUAUAGAAGCAUUGUGUAUCUUCAUCAUCAAUACACAACCACCACGGAUUGGCCUGGCGGCGUUUACGGAUCGCCAACAAUUAACGGUUCACGCGCCGGUGGUGCAAUCGCCGCUUGUUGGGCCACGAUGUUGUAUUUCGGUGUGGAUCGUUACAUUCAGGCUACACGCGAGAUUAUUUACACGACUAGAUACAUCGAAAAACGCCUCCGCGAGAUCAAGGAUAUUUUCAUCUUCGGCCAGCCAGCGACGAGCGUAAUCGCAAUUGGUUCGCACAUCUUCGACGUCUACCGCCUACAAUCCGCGCUGGCAGCCAAAGGUUGGAACUUGAAUAUCUUACAAUUUCCUUCAGGUAUUCAUUUCUGCAUUACCACGUUGCAUACAACUGGUACAAUCGCUGAUGACUUCGUCACUGAUGUUAAAAGUUGCGUCGCGGAGAUUAUGAAAGAUCCGGGACAACCUGUCCAGGGAAAAAUGGCUGUUUAUGGCGCUGCGCAACAAAUCCCAGACCGUGAUAUUGUUGGCGAUGUAAUCAACUACUAUCUGGAUGCAAUGUACUACAUUCCACCAGAAAAUGUUUUAGAAUAAUUUGAGCGCACGUGUUUUCCACUUUUAAAUUCUAUUCACGUUGGACAAUUAAAAAAACUGCAGAAACGUACAAACAGUCACACAAACAUAGUCUCUAUCACUAUCCAACAUUUUAAACAAUAAACACUCCCUAGAAGAAUUUCUCAUCCAACAAACAAGUUUAAAAUUGUUGUAACAUCCAUAUAUGAUCUAUUAUAAAAAUAUACGAGUGCCUUUAAGUGUA